CUUGUUUCCUUGUUUGUCUAAUGUUUCUGUAAUUUUAGAAAAACACACAGCAAAGAACACAGAGAUGCAAAAUCCAUUAUAAAGACGUAUAAGGAGAUUUAAAAAAAAAAGGUAGGUGCUAUAUAUUUUUUUAUUAUUAUCAGAUAUUAUUAUUUAUUAUUACCUGCUAUACAUAGUAAAUGUAAUAAACUCAUAGCACUGGUUUUGAAAGGGUGGCUCUAAAUUCCAUCACAACUUAGCGUCAACUGUGGAGAGAGACAAGCUGAGGAUCUAGCUCUGCUGAUGUGUGCAUAAUGUCUGAGCUGUGCUAUGUGUAACUAAUGGCAGAUGUGACAUGACUGUCAUUGAUUUACACAACUGUUCCAAUCAUUAUGAUGGAACUGCUGUUGGAGGAUAAACUACUUUCCAUAGAAACUUAGGUUACCAUACAUCUGGUUUUGGCUGGACAUGUCUUUUUUUAUUUGUCCGCUGUCCAGCAGGUGGCUUAAAUACAACUUUGAAUAUCUGUCCAAAAUCAAACAGCACUGCACACUUUGUUUCUGGCCAGGCAUUUCAUUUGCCAGACAGAGGACAUUGGCUGUGAAAUUCCCUUGUAUGGAAACCUGCAACAACCUGGACUUUGGUAUGUACACAAGGUACAUCUGUCUGCUUCUCGUGUUGCUACCUUGUACCUACCUGAAUUCUGCAUGGCACACUAUGGAGAGAAUUACAAAAAGAAGAUGUGGCUUCAAGGAGACUAGAAGAGGAACUAAGAAGAGUAGGAGUACAAGUGUGCUUGUGGGAGGGUGCAGGGACAUUAACAUCGGGGAUGUGAUUGUAUGGACAUGAACGUAGGGGAAGUAAGUGUAGAUACAUUAACUUGGAAGAUUCAGGGUCAUGGAAGUGGGGGUAUAUGACUGUUGGAACCAGUGAAAGAACCAACAUAGAGAGUGCCCUGCUGCAAUAAUUUGUUUGCUCCCUUUUCCCUAUCGCAAGGGUGCAAAGAGGUAGAUCGCAAUUGUUGUACAAGUUCCACAAUGCUUUUCCAGCUGGGGAUCUACCAUUUGCCAAUCUUUGGGGACCUACUAAAAGGAAUGACAGUAUGGAAUGCCCAUUGACAAUAAAGGAGCAGAAAGGAAUGCCAAUAUAGAAUAAUGAAAACAAACUAUUUGGAUUAGAGACAGAACAAAUAAAUCUUUUUCAGGCAUACUCUUAGAGUUCAGUGUCACAACCACAACAGCCUAAACCCUCCUACUGCAGUCCCUACCUCCUCACUACAGCCCCUAUCACCCCACUACAGCCCUCUUCCAAUAUUAGGUUCUGGAUCUGGCACUAAUAAACUAUUUGGGCACACAGGUGGCACUAAUAAGCUAUUUGGGCACAUAGAUGUCACUAACUAGCUAUUUUGGAACACAGGUAGAACUGAGUAGCUGUAUGGGGACAGAGAUAGGUGAGCUGGUGAGCUUUUUGGUGGAAAAGCUGGCACUGUAGUAAGUGGAUAACUCUGGGCAUUCUAUUUAUUCAUUCACCCUUGUCAUUCCAUAGAAAACAUUGAUGAUCCCACUUAAUCUCAAUUUUAAAAAUGACACUGAACUUUGAGAGAAUGCCAGUAAAAUAUUUAUUUAAAAUGUCAUAGUUUUGUCUCUAACUGAAAUAUUUUGUUUCUGUUAUUCUCUAUGAACAUUCCUUAUACUUCCAUUAUUGUCUAUGGGCAUUCAACUGCCUUGUUAAAUCUAUGGGCAUUCCAAUCUGUCAUUACUUUUAUUAGGUCCCCAAUCUUUGUAGGAUAAUAUUUAGCACUGAGCAGUUCAUUUUUGGGGGGGGUUUUUUGUAGCUGAAAGCAGUAAGUUAUAUGACACAGGUGUCCAACCUUUUGGCUUCCCUUGGCUGCAUUGAGCACAGAGGAAUUGUCUUGGGCCACACAUCAAAUAUAUAAUAUAGAUAAAGUAUAAAAGUAAUAAAACUUUAAAAGCCAUUUGCUUAAUUUUGAUAUUUCAAUUGUUUAAUGGAUAACUACUUUAUCUGUGAUCCUUAUGUGGGAUUGGAUAAUUAGGGAGCUAUUUACAUGUACACACAUAACCAUAGAUAUACACACACAGACCUAUACGCACAAUCACAAAUACACACACACACACAAUCAAUCACAAAUAAACACACGCACACACACACACACACACACACAACCACAGACCUAUUGUUAGGGAUUUUACCUGAGGAUGGAGUUUGUAGCUCAGAUAUGUUUGCUCACCCUUGCAGAUAGACACAGUCCAAGGUGACCAGGUAAGAAGCCACCUGGACUGUGAAUCUGUGCACGGGGCUGUGCAGGAAAGGUGAUUCCAAAGCAGUACCGACAAGAAGGUCAGGAUAAACGAAGAGUAGCCGAUGCCAAAGGAUGACAGGAUAAACAAAGUCAGAAGCCGGGGUCAAUAUGGAAUACAAGUUCAGGAGACUUGAAAACAGGAACUGAACACAUAAACCAGGAUCAAAGAACUGACAAAGUUCUCAGGGCAAGGCAGUGCUUAUAUACCCAGCUGAUGACUGAUCAAUCUCAGGUGAAGCACAGCAAUAUAUGAAGUCCAGCCCCCCAGUGCUGCAGACAAGCCAAGGACUAAGAACUGUUGUGGCUGAAAGGUAGCUAGCAGGCCCACGAUAGCAAAGUACCCAGGUUCAAAUCACCUGUUGGACACUUCUGGGGUGAGAACCGAGACAUCUAUACAUACACACACAUAAUCACAGACCCACACACAAAAACUAGCAUUCAAUCACAGACCUAUACAUACAAACAAUCCUAAUCACAUACCUAUGCAUACAAUCACAGUCCCAUAGACUUACACACAAUUACUAUGUCAUUCAUAAACAUUUAGUACUGAAAAGGUUUCACCAAGCAUCCCUCAAUGCUUUCCUAUGGACGUUCAGCGUCUUCUCACUGUGAUUUUCACAGUGAGAAUUGCGGAAGCUCCUCUAGAAGCUGUCAGUGAGACAGCCACUAGAGGCUGGAUUAACCCUCAGUGAAACAUAUCAGUUUCUCUGAAACUGCUAUGUUUUCAGCUACAGGGUUAAAACUAGAGGGACCUGGCACCCAGACCACUUCACUGAGCUGAUGUGAUCUGGGUGUCUGUAGUGGUCCUUUAAGUGUAUGUGUAUCUGCAUGCACUGGUGUACAUACCGCGGUCGCAGGGGUCAGAGCCCUGCGACAGGUGCCCGCCACCAUGUGUUGCGGCCCCAGCUCGCGCAGAGUAAGCGUGGGGGGGGGGGGGUCCACGGAUCAGUUUUCGCACCGGGGCCCCAUGGGUUGUGUGUACGCCACUGUCUGUUCCUCUGCUAGUGGUUGCUGCUUCCUGCACACCGGCAUGCGGCCUGCAGGUUGGAAACCCCAGGUGUAUAAAUAUCACCUAAGACAAAGAUUUGCUUAAAGUGACAGAUGGCUACAUGCUCACCGAAUAGAGGAUACUAUGUUGGAUUGGAGAGUGGGACUGCAAAUAAAAACUCUGACAUUCGUGUUAUCAUUCUGGAUCCUUUUAUUGGCAAAUUACAGAACUGAUAUAUAGAACUCUCAGAAUUAUUUUAUCUUUGAUACCCUUUUGAUUUAAAAUAGAACUAAGUGCUUAUAUCCACUAAGUGCUGAUACUAGUGUUAUAGUGUAUUUUUACCUACCAUUUCAAAGCUGUGGUAUACUUGUUUGCUUUUGGUAUUGUAAGGGCACCUGCCAUGCUUACCUGGGUUGGGGACUGUUUGCAAGAAGAGAGGGAUCAUCUCCUCAGUCCCAGGCUUGCAUCCAGCGGCCACUGUUGCACCCCCUUUUUAUAUGCUGCGGCACACGAGCACCAACGUCGUGGCACAAAUGACAUCACCGCGGUGCGUGCCUGCCGGCGUCAUGACGCCAAUGACGUCACAGCCCGCCGAAACGUCCUAAUUCAAACGUUUUGGGGACGUGGAUUCAAAAUUAAAGAACCAUAAUAUAAAAGGUUGGUUCACCCUUAUCACUUUGCCCUGUUGUGGUUCUUACAGUCCCAAUAGUGUGUUAUAUUCUAGUAUUGUAUUCUUGGUUUUGACUUUGGCUUGUUUGACUACUCUUCCUUCUGUUUAAUAAUUUUUAUUAUAUCAAAAUUGAUAUCUUGGCACUGUCCCCGAAUAAUAAAGCUGAGAAUUGUCCCCACGAUUUUUAAUUCUCUUAGAUCCUAGAGGAAGUUCACUAGAGGAUUUUUACUCCUUGCCACAGGUGUCUUAUCUCAGGACCCUAUUUAGCCUUGUACUGCAGAGAACUCGAGAUGGAAUUCCCCCCCCCCAAGUAAGUAGCUCAUUUAGCAGACAGAGUAGGACCUGCCAAAGAUGGGUUACAUUGACGUUGUAGCAGGCUUAUGCAAUGUAUGAUCAUAUAAUGUAACUAAACCCCCAUUAUUUUUUGCCUAGAUUAGUUUUUUUUUUAAUAAAACUAGCAAAAUCUGUCAGCACCAAAGUAGCUGUUUAGUAGAUAAGUGAGUGCGCUGGAUUUUCAUUUUUACUAUAAAUAACAGGACAUGUCACUUCAAAGCAUUUUCCUUUGGUUUUUCCAGUCUUAGUGUCUGCAAUUUCAAUCGUAAUUUUAGAAUUGACACCUCCUAACCUUAAUUACACCCUUUUCUUACAAUGGAACUUUGUAAAAUUAAUUACUUAGUGUUAUCUGUCAUUGGUGUCUGGUGUUCAUGUGUGAAACUGUGUUUAAGAUUAUUUAUACUCCACUAAAAUUAGUAAAUAAUAUGAUAUUUCUUCAUUGAUAUUUAUCCAUGAAUAGUCUAUAUUAUUAACAUGAUACUAAUUAUAUAUGAUUAAUAUAAUAAUAGUAAGUUAUAAGGGGAUAGCAUAUAUAUGUACAGAAAGCUUGGCACUCACCCUUUCUCCAAUUCAAAAUGAAUUUCUUAGUGCCUUGGUGCAAUCCCACGUUAUGGAAUAUAUGCAGAAAAUAAGAGAUGCACUCUAAGGACUUAUAUAAUCUAUAAUAAAGUAUUUAUUAAAAAGAAGGUUUACAUAAUAAGAUCGACGUUUCGACCCCUCAGGGUCUUCCUCAAGAUCAAUAUGUCUAAAUCUGUGAAAUCAAUAAAUAGUAAAUUUAGGAAAGUACUCACCAAUGGUGAACUGCCUCCCUCACCCUCUCCGUGCAUACCCGUAAGUGAACCCGCGAUCAUGUGAUGUGUCGUGAUGCCGACGUGAUGACGUGUGACUAGUUGCUAGGAUACCAGUGAAACAAAUUGUGGGUAAGAGCGUAUGUAAUACCGCUGUAUAAUUAAAUAUAUAACAGUGUAUCCAUGUUGUGGAAUAUCUAGUAUACUGUACAUUGCAAUACACAAAUAAAGUGAGCGGAUAAGAGGACAUCGGUCCACCAUCAUGACGGCAUUUAGAGAUCAACAGAGUGACAAGCCUGUGGCUAAACAUUUUUUGACCAUGGGACACAGAUUACCUUCUUUAAGGUUUAUUGCCAUUGAUCAUAUCCCUCCAAUGCCAAGAGGUGGAGAUAGAUCCAAGAUGUUACUACAACGAGAGGCCCAAUGGAUACAUCGAUUGGAUACAGUUGCCCCUAGGGGGCUGAAUGAAAACAUUACAUUUUCUGUGUUUUUGUGAUAAUUGAUUACAUUUUGUCCGUAUAUAUCACUAUUUUUUUUUGGUUAGGUCUAUGACCAUUCUAACUAUCAAAUAACAAUUUUUCAUUAGUUAUAUUGAAAAAAAAUUUUUUUCUUUUAUUAUUUGUGAUUGAUGGAUUAAUAGUAUAUAGCUCUCUGAGAAUGAGCAUUAUUGUUUUGAUCUGAUGAUCUACCUUUGAUCUCUAAUUUACUUAUGCUGAUAUAUACUUUUAGAUAACACACAUCUGUUGGGUUGUGGUCUUGUUUUACACUACCCUGAUCGUCUUGUUAAACUGGUAUUCUGCUUUAGCCUUAGGAGAUGUCUAUCAUAACUAUAUGUGUUUCUUCCUUGUAUUAUUGGACUAAUUGACAGAAGGUAGUAGCUUAUUAUACACUUGGUUUUAUGUAACACACAUACGUUUUGUUUGUAGUGUGUUAUCACACGUUUUUAUCCUUGCACUGGCACUUAUUUAUUUGCACUUGUCACUUUAUUUGUGUAUUGCAAUGUACAGUAUACUAGAUAUUCCACAACAUCGAUACACUGUUAUAUAUUUAAUUAUACAGCGGUGUUACAUACGCUCUUACCCACAAUUUGUUUCACUGGUAUCCUAGCAACUAGUCACACGUCAUCACGUCGGCAUCACGACACAUCACGUGAUCGCGGGUUCACUUCCCGGUAUGCACGGAGAGGGUGAGGAGGCAGUUCACCAUCGGUGAGUACUUUCCUAAAUUUACUAUUUAUUGAUUUCACAGAUUUAGACAUAUUGAUCUUGAGGAAGACCCUGAGGGGUCGAAACGUCGAUCUUAUUAUGUAAACCUUCUUUUUAAUAAAUACUUUAUUAUCGAUUAUAUAAGUCCUUAGAGUGCAUCUCUUAUUUUCUGCAUAUAUAUAUAUAUAUAUAUAUGUAUAUAUAUAUAUAUAUAUAUACACACACACAUUUGUCUCUGGGUUGUAUGUAGUAUUCCAUCCCACUUUUUGACUGUUAGACAUUAUGCCUUAUCACUUGUCUUGUUUACAUAAGUGCAUUCCUUAGCUCAGACUUGAAUGAAUAGAGUUACAGAGAGAAAUCUUGUGUCUGUCUUAGCCUUGUAAUACAAAAUGGAGUAACCUCUGUUCUGAGAGUGACUGGCAGUAUACACUUUUAAUUUCUGUCUUAGCACAAAAUGUCUGCCGAUAUAAAUAUACUGACAUCACAUAUCGACUGAUAAAAAGCCCUUUCGGAUUCAACAAAUAAACGUUUUUAAUAUAUUUUGCUAUAUGCUCACUGGCAGUACUAGGAAUCAGCAGGCAUAUAGUUGGAAAUAAAGGACAAGGAAGAUCUGACACAUGUUGGGAGCGUAAACAGAUUAUUGUGAGCCCGCCUGUCUCCACCCAUGACCAUGGGUGAAGGCUCUGUAAAAAACAAACAAACAAAAAAAACGGAGGGCAUACCAAAGCUUCACAUCCAACAUCUAUAAGUGGCAGGUCUCUAAAAUCAAGUGAGGGAACACUAAUACAUGCCCUUCACCCCACCUCUGCAUGACAGGUGGGGUGUAUUUAAAAAAAAACCAGGAAGACAUGGACAUGUUUUUAUUCAACCCUUAGCCGCUCCCCAACCCAUAGACUUCAUGUGGGGGUUAUUAAAGACAAUAAUAGUGGAAAGAUAUGUGCCUUGGUGUACCCACCCUUCCUUUACACCUAUAGAUAUCUGGGGUAUAAAUGAUAACUGGAGGUGAACAUACCACUGUCCACCUCGCCCAACAAUGUACGCAAUCCCCCCCACCGAGUACCUAGCUGUCCUCAAUCCCCUGGCCUCCCCAACAAUAACAAAUUCCUUCUUACCUAUCUACAUAAUACUAAUUAAUUUAUUUAAUUGCCCCUGCGUCUCUUUAGAUUAUCAUGAAUAAAGGUCAAGAUUUUAUUAGCUAUUGGCUAGUCUUUUUGGAGUUUUUUCUUGGGGUAUAAAUGAUAACUGGAGGUGAACAUACCAUUGUCCACCUCACCCAACAAUGCUUGGUUGUAUAGGGAGAGGCAUUAGCAGUAGAAAGAGGGAAGUGCUCAUGCCAUUGUACAGAACACUGGUGAGACCUCACUUGGAGUAUUGUACACAGUACUGGAGACCGUAUCUUCAGAAGGAUAUUGAUACCUUAGAGAGGGUUCAGAGAAAGGCUACUAAACUGGUUCAUGGAUUGCGGGAUAAAACUUACCAGGAAAGGUUAAAGGAUCUUAACAUGUAUAGCUUGGAGGAAAGACGAGACAGGGGGGAUAUGAUAGAAACAUUUAAAUAUAUAAAGGGAAUCAACACAGUAAAGGAGGAGACUAUAUUUAAAAGAAGAAAAACUACCACAACAAGAGGACAUAGUCUUAAAUUAGAGGGACAAAGGUUUAAAAAUAAUAUCAGGAAGUAUUACUUUACUGAGAGGGUAGUGGAUGCAUGGAAUAGCCUUCCAGCUGAAGUGGUAGAGGUUAACACAGUAAAGAAGUUUAAGCAUGCAUGGGAUAGGCAUAAGGCUAUCCUAACUAUAAGAUAAGGCUAGGGACUAAUGAAAGUUUUUAGAAAAUUGGGCAGACUAGAUGGGCCGAAUGGUUCUUAUCUGCCGUCACAUUCUAUGUUUCUAUGUUUCUAUGUUUCUAGGUCUAAAACUCCUAUUUCAGUGUGAUAGCACUUACAAAUUCCCACAUUUGCUUUGUAACAAGGCGAUCAUAUCUGAUCCCCAUAGUGGUUAAUUAAUUUUAUUUCAUGUAUAUAAUUAAAGGGACUCUCCAGGGAAAGGAAAACAAAUCCGCUUUUCUGGCACUGCAGGACCCUGCAGUAUCCCCCAUGUCCCCCUCCCAUCCCAUGUUGCUGAAGGUUAAAACCCCUGCAGUGACUUACCUGAAUCCAGUGCUGAUGUCCCUCGGUGCUGGGUCAGGCUCCGCCCACGUUGCUUGCCCGAUGCGGUCAGCCGGCGGGGGAGACCUAAUGCGCACUAGAGGAGGACUUAACCCUGCAAGGUAAUUAUUGCAGUUUAUAAAAACUGCAAUAAUUACACUUCUGGGAUUAAGGGUGAUGGGAGUUGGCACCCAGACCACUUCAAUGGGAGGAAGUGGUCUGGGAGCCAGGAGUGUCCCUCCCUUUAGUAAGUAUAUAGGUUAAAUUGCUAUUUAUAUUUAUUUUUUAAAAAGCUUAGAAAAUUCCAAAAAGAGAGGGGUUAUUACUUUUAGUAUUAUUUUCUAAUAUAUAUUCCUCAUCUAAAAAGGCAUAAACAAAAAAAAUAUUGUUAUUCUUUACACAUAAAUUUAAGAUUUUUUUAUAUAUAUUUAUAUAGAUAUAUGUAUUUAUUUACAUAAUAAAAAAAAUAUCUUUACUUAUAUUGAAUUAAUUACAUAUGGAAGUAAUUACAGUUCUGUGUAUCAAAGUUGAUGUUUCAGUCCCAGAUCGGGACGUUCAUCAGGACUGUCCACCCAAUAGAAAAUGAUGGUGUUUUUUAUACUUUUGGCAACAUUGAGAAGAAUUUUUAGAUUAACCUUUUUUUGUUUGAACAACAUAUUUUCCAGUUGAAAAAAAUAUAAUCGUUUAAUGAUGAUAUUCUUUUGUAUUUUAGGAUAACACAGAAGCAGGGAAUUAAAAUGGCUGAACUUAUGGAUUUGCCUAAAAAAGUUGAAGACUGGACUAAGGACCACGUAAAGCUCUGGGCUGCACAGAGCUUAAAUAUUGACUUAAACGAUGUGGAAAUCUUAUUCAAGCAAAAUGUGACAGGCGAGGUUCUCCAAAUAUUGUCUAAAAAAGACUUAACAGAUAUGGGAAUUACACACGGCACUGCUAUUUUAAUAACCCAUAAAAUAAAAAAACUCAUUACACCAAGUCAGAAUGAAAAAAAAAGUAUAAAUUUGGGUUCAACAAACAAAAGAGAGAUAGCAAAAACAAAACAAAAGAUCCCAAGUAAAGAGGAUGUGAAAGCGAAAAGCAAUGACGGGGAAAAUGAAUCAAAAGAACCUGGGAAUUUAGCUAUCAAACCUUCUAAAGUCACUUGCACACCAUACCCUUUUGAUAGAUUCAAUGAAAGUAAAUGUUACACACAGUUUCAUUUCCUUCCACCUGAAUCUGGCACAACUAAUUAUAUUGACCCCAUUCAUGAGUACAAAGAGUUUACUAAUACACUAAAUGCAACAGAAGAAGACAGAAAAAUGAAAUUUUGCAAUGAGGUCUUUCGGUUUGCAGCUGCAUGCAUGAAUGUCCGAACGAAUGGUACAAUCCAUUUUGGAGUCCGAGAUAAACCACAUGGGCAAAUAAUUGGUAUAAAAAUAGACAACACCGAAACCUUUGUCAAGUACAUUGACCAAAUGAUCAGCAAGUAUUUUGAGAUAAAACAAGUUGGAUUGGCAAAACAAUGUAUUCGUUCACCAAGAUUUGUCAACAUAUUAUCUGAACAAAACACACAUUCCAACCUAGUUGUCAUUGAAGUUGAUGUGGUCCCUAAACAUGCCUAUUGCAAAGAUGAAAUAUUCUUUACAUAUCAACAAAAUUUUAAUGAAACUUGGAAAAAGUGUAAAAAUAAGUCUUGUUUUAAACGAGAUGGAGAAAGUUCCAAAGAUAUACUUGCCAAUGUACAAAAUAAUGAUGCAGAUUACAAAGAAUUUUUGUCUUGUAUGAAGGCAAGAGAUGACGCUAGAAAAAUGGCAGAGGAAACUCACAGUAGAAGCCACAUAAAAUCACAAGACGAUGGUCUGAAGCUUGUAAAAUUAAUAACAGGCAACAGAGGUACACUGGACAACUCCUACUAUAAAUGGUAUAUUCUAGUAGCAAACAAAAGUCAUCCUAGCCAAACAGAACAUCUUGAUUUUAUGCAUGAAAUAAAGUGGUUUGCUGUUUUGGAUUUCGACUCAGAGUCACUUACAAAUGGUCUGUGUAAAUUUUACAGAGAUAAAAGAAUAGCAAACUUACAUUUUCCCAGUCAUUAUCAGAAUAAUGGAAAUGAAGGACCCGAAUCACUUAAACUUUUUCAACAAACCAGCUGGAUAUUCUGUAAUGGAAGGUCAGAUCUCGACACCAAGGAAUACGAACCAUUAAGUUAUAGGUCAUGGCAGAAAGAAAAAGCUGCGGAGGUCAGAAAGCUUAUUUCUUUUCUUUCACAGAAGAAUAUACUGGAACGUGGUAAAUUCCUUGUAGUUUUUCUGUUACUUUCUGCAGUUGAUGACUGUGCAGAUCCCAUUAAUGAAACAUUUAGUACUUUUUACCAGGAACUUGGUGGCAUAGAUGACAUUUUAUGCAUUUGUGAAAAUGAACACACUUACCAAAAAUGGAAAGAUCUACAGGUAAAACUAGAUAUAGAAGAUAUGGAAGACAGGUGUAUUUUCAACUUAGACAUUAAAAAAGUAAAUGGGACAAUUCUAAAACUAAAAUCUAUGAUUAAAUCCUCCCAUCUCUUUUUGCCAUCACAAGGGUCUUCCACUAUCAUUCUUCAGGAAAAAGAUAAAGAAGUAAUGAGCUGUUUGGACAUUCUUUGCGCAAAUGAAUGUGAAGAGACAGAGCUGGAGAAAAAUGAAGAGGAAUUUAAAAAAUUCAAGACAACACAAGAGGAACACUUUUACAAAGGAGGAAAAGCUACCUGGUGGAAUUUCUAUUUCUCAAGUAAAUCCUUCACAGGGCCAUUUAUCAAGAGAGACAUUCACAAUGCAUUAAAGACAUUGAUAGAGGAAUGUCAGAAACAAACAAGUGUAAAAAUAGUUACUGUGUAUCACCAUCCUGGUUGUGGAGGUUCGACUUCUGCAAUGCAUAUUCUCUGGGAAUUGAAAGAAAAAUUUAGAUGUGCAACUUUAAAAAGAAAGACAGAUAGUUUUAAAGAUAUAGCAAGAGACGUCACAAAUCUUGCCAUUCAUGGUUCAAGUCCUAUGGAAUAUUUUCCUGUUCUGCUUUUGGUAGAUGAUUAUGAGGAGGAUGAAAAUAUAUAUGUUCUGCAGAAUUGCAUUAGAACAGCCAUUGCUGAAAAGAACAUACAAUUUGAAAGACCUGUGGUCACCAUAUUGAACUGCAUGCGGUCUCAAACUCCAGUAAAAAGUUCAAAGGCAGAUUGUACUUCUAGUGUAGCUCUAGAGCAUAAACUGUCCCCUCAGGAACAGAGGGCUUUUGAAACCAAACUAAAGGAGAUUGAGAGAAAUCACAGUAAACCAGAAGAUUUCUACUCUUUCAUGAUAAUGAAAAGCAAUUUUGCUGACAGCUAUAUUAGAAAUGUUGUGAGAAAUCUACUAAAAGGCUUAAACAGCGCUAGCAAAGAAGCCGAUCUUAUCUCUUUUUUAGCUUUGUUAAACAAAUAUGUUAAAAAUUCCACUAUUUCAGCUUCUAUGUGUGAAGAAAUUUUAGGAAUAACUGCAAAACAAACAUACUGGGGAAAUGAGAGCAUAGAAGACAAAAUGGGUACUUAUUGUACAAUCUUAAUCCGCACUGAGGUGGAAGAAUAUGGCAGAUAUGAAGGACUGCGUAUAAUCCACCCUCUCAUUGCAAGUCAAUGCAUAGAAGAGUUAAAAAUGACCUAUGGAAUACAGCAAAGUAAAAUUAUGUUGACUCUUUUAAAUACUCAUGUUGAAGGAAUCGGAAAAGAAAUGUUUUUUCAGAAUAUGCAAAGUAUGUUGGUCACAAGGCACAGAAAAGAACAUGGCGAUGAAACAGACACACUCUUUUCUCCAUUAAUUGAAGAAAUACAAAAAGACGAGGGUAACGAGAGUGUUGAAACUGUUCUAAAAGAGGGAUCCCUCCGAUUCAACCAAUAUGCAUUCAUUUUCCAAGCCUUAGCACGGCACUACUACAUUAGAGAGAAGAACUUCAACUGUGCUUCAGAAUGGGCAGACAAAGCAAAAAAGAUUGCACCUAAUAAUUCAUUUGUUUUGGACACUUUGGGGCAAAUACACAAAACAAAAUUGAAAAGUAUGAUGGAUGAAUGUAACAAAAGACAUUCUUUAACACCAAGUGAGCUAAACUCUCUUCUAGAUAGCGCAGUUGCUGCCUCGGAAGCAUUUAAUGACUGUCAACAGCAAACAAGAAAGACAGAGUCUGAAAGAGAAGAAUCAGAAUGGACAAAUUCUAAAUGGUACAAUGUGUAUAACACGGCAGGAUACCUUGGACAGAUAGAGGUAUGUCUUUAUACAAUAGACAUACUUUUUAGGUUACCAUGGUUCAACUCAAAAAAUAAGCUAUCUAAAAAUCACCUAAUUCAGUAUCUGUCUGGUAAAUGGGAUAUUUCAGUUGACAAAGACAGUACAAACCAUAAGGAAGUUUAUGAUAUUCUCACCGAGUUUAGGUACUUUCUUAUUAAAAUUAAAUCCCACUUACAGAUGGCUUUUGAUUUCUUCAAUGAUUACUUUGUACAUCUGAAACAAAAAAACAUUCAUAAGGAAAGUGCAGACUUUAAAAUACGUGAAAAAGUUGCUGACUACUUCAAAAAGUAUCGAAAGACCUUUUGUGAUCAAGAUCUCACUAAACUUUUAGACUCCCAAGCAGUUCAGAAAAGCAGCCCUUCACUGCAUUCUGAUUGUAGGGCCGGCAUCGAAGGUUACAAGGCUCACAAGUUCCCAGGAAUUCUAGAAUAUCUUACAGAUCAUGGAAAAGAUCGACAUGAGAUUGAAGUCAUAGUACGAGCAUAUGGAUAUUUACUAGAAAACCGUACAGACAAAUUUGUAAUAAGAGACAAAGAGAACUUCAUUCUUGCAAACAUUGUGCUUCGUUGUGUUUAUCCAAAUUCUAAACAAAUCUGCACAGAUCCGUCUUUAAAAAAAUACCUGAGAGAGAUUUUAGACAAAGUUGAUUUGAACCAUGAACAUUUAGAACCCUACUUUUUGGCACUGUUACUCUUCUGGCCUCAUAACAUGCAUGUUUUAGAUAAUGAUUCUAAAUACCUAGAGAAAUAUGUUCAUGCCAUGAGAAAAUCCUUUAGGGUGCAAUAUAAACAUAUGUGCAAUGCUAAACAAGCCAUUGCACAUUUCUACCUGGGAAAAGGGAAUGGAUUAAAAAGAUUAAUCCACAAAGGCAAAAUUGAUCAGCGCUUUUCUGAUGUUCCAAAUUUGCAUUCUCUCUGGCAGAAUGGAGAUAUAUGGAAAGAACAAGCAACAAAGGAACUCUUGCUGCGAGUAAAUGGCAGAAUUGAAAACAAUACAAUUUAUGUUGAAUGUGGCAACACAGAAAGAAUUAAGGUUCCCGUACGACCUGCCUACCUUGGACAGUUGAGAAGUGGAAGAAGUAUUGAACGAGUGUCAUUUUUCCUAGGGUUUUCCAUUGACGGCCUGGUAGCAUAUGAUAUAGAAAGCAUGUAAGCACAUUUGUGGAACCAUCUGGAUACUAGACCUCAAUUACAUUCAGGUCUCAAUUACAUUCAUAUGCUUCAAACAUGAAUACUCAUAUUCUGUAUUCUAUGAUUAGCAAUCCUACAGCCUUCGUCUUCUGUAUAUUCCUUAUCUAUACCUAUAAUAUUUUCUAUUUAAGAUAUCAGAGAGAACAAAGAAACAAUAAGCUCUCUUCAAGUAAUAACUAAGAAUACAUAUUAAUGCACAGAUGCACAUUUACAAAUGGCUAAUGGAUUCACUACGGAUUACGGAUUCUUAACAUAUAAAAAAGAGUGACACAAGUCACAUGCAUUGCUACAUGUAUACAAUAAACUAAAUUAUGUACAAUCUGCUUAACAAAAAAAAAUAAAUCAACAUUUAUCCAUAUUUGCCAAUUGCAUCUGAAUAAGUUGGACUUCUUAAAAUAGACUAUAACAAAAUAUGCCAUUCCCAAUUAUGGAGGUCAGACACUCAAUUUGAAAACAUAAUCACUAGGGCAAAACCUCCAUCUCAUACUUUUUAUGUCCUUUACUUAUAUUUGGAGUUUGAACUUCUUUAAAAACAACUAUUUUUGUUAAACUGCAAGAAAUUGAAUUAGGUUCAACGCUGACCCAGGAAAAUAGUAUGCUACAUUCUCUUUGAUCCUUUUUUUUAAAAAAAGAGCAAAACCAGGUUAUCAAUGAGGCGCUACUUGCAGCCACCUAAUGCUGGGCUCAGACUGGCGCUCUGUGAACCCUUGCCUGGGCUAGGAUUUUCAUCUCUGGCAUUGACAGAGUCCUCCUUGAGCCAGAAGGUAGAUCAAAUAAUCUCCAUGCUUGGCCCUUCACCUGCUCAAACACGCAAAAGCCUCAGCCUCUUUAACAUACAGAACACUCAACUAACACCUAGAGGCACACACAGAACCCCUACAAAAAGCUAUCAGCCAUCUCCACACCUACCUUCCUCUCUUGUAUACAAACUCCACAAAUUGCCUCCUUCUAUCUCUCCUCUUUGGUACCCCACUAUACACCCACCCACCCACCCACCCUUACCGUUACCUCUUUUAUAACUCAUUCCUCUGGUUGACUACCUUCUGUUUACCUGAU